UCGUCUCAAAGCUUCUAUUUUCAUAAUGGUGGCUCCAGGAUUUGGGUUCUCAGUGGGGGACUUCAUCGCCGCCAUCGAAUUGUGCAGGAAGAUUACUAGAGCCCUCGAGCCUAUUGGGGGCGCAUCUUCAUCUUUUCAGAUGCUUAUCCUGGAAUUAUCAAGUCUUGAGAACACACUGCAACGGCUGGCAGCUCUCGAGCCAAACGAGAGCAACAUUCACCAUGUCAAUGCCAUUCGGUGCAUGGCUUUGGCGUGUAGAUUGCCACUUCGGCAAUUUCUGGAGAAGGUUGAGUCGUAUGGGGCUUCUCUGGGCUCUUACGCUUCGCACUUUUUCCGCGCAGCUGGGAAGAAAGUCAAAUGGGCUUUGCUAUUAGAAGAUCAGACUGACAAGCUCCGAGCAGUUCUUUCUGCAAAGGUUGUCAGUAUCAACAUGCUACUAGCCUUACAUGCAUCGGAAGCAUUAUCACGACUGGAGGGGAAUGCAAAAUCCGGGCAGGAAGAGAUUCUGACGAGAGUGAAAGACCAGCAAAUUUCCAUGCAAAAAGUCGAAGUAGAAUCUUCUCAUAUCAAGAAGGAGCUAUCAGAGUUCCGGCAAAAUUCCAAAAUCGAGCGAGAUUCGCUCAAAUCAGGGAUUGAGACCCGAUUCAACGAUCUAGAUCAGCAAGCUGUAGAUCUCGCCCACAAUGUGUCGACAUUAUCGAUCGGAAUAGCGUCAAGUAACAGCACUUUGAUGAUCCUUCGAGAUAUAGGAAUGCAGAUUGUCGAGUUUAUCAAGACGUUUCCAUUGGAGCUUCGGGGCUUGCUACAGCAGAUCAUUCACGGGAAUCUACAAAACUUUCAUGUCUUGCUUGCCAUCCAAAAUUCAAUCUCUCCAAGUCCGAGCCUUCUAUGCAACUCUAAUAUACGCUUUGAAGACGGUCGUGGUGUCGUACGGAUGCUACCCUUCGAGUGGUUCCGAUAUUGGGAGGUAAGUUGGAGACUACUCACUGUACGCUUCACGGCCGAUGCUGACCUGCACUCGCCAUUCUAUGGCUUAUUGGAAUCGCAAUUCGCAGAUGCCCCUGGUAGAACGAAGGUAAAGAAUGGAGACUUCAGUCUUGUACUUGAAAGGAAACCAGACAUUCCCAUCACGAAAGAAAGGUGGAGACAUGUCGUUCAGCCAGGCGUGCAGAUCAAGAUGAUGAUGCUGCUUUUUCACGUGACCUGGAAUGGGACAGACUGUCUCCGACCGACAUGUACCGGCCGACCGAGUAUUGAAGCCAGCAUGAACAAAUUUGUAGUCUGUCCCGACUGUGGUUUAAGAUAUUCCACUACGGUUUCAGAUAUCACGGAAGCCAAUACGAUACAGGACACCCUUGUAGUUCAGCAGCAAAUACGACAUGAUGAGCAGACUUUUGGUAGCCGCACUUUCCCUGAUGAGGCUGAUGCUGAUCCUGGAGAUGUGGAGAUGAACAAUGCUCCCGACUGGAUGUACGAAGACGUCAUUGUCGAAGAUGAAGCCGAGAAUUCCGCAGAGCUUUCGAACAACACAUCACUCACCCAGCCACUGAUGAAAUGGCUCGUCACUGUUGUACGGCCAGAUGAAUUCUCUGACCAUCCACUUAAUAUCCAAACACUCGAAAGUGAGCAACAAUCUGAUAGAGCCUUGGAAGAGGAAGAACUAGAAAGUUUCAAGAACGUUCGUGUGGGCCUAGCCGCAACUGAUGCCAAUGCACUACCUUUACGCGACGACCCAAGAAUACCCCCUGACAUUGACCUCGACGCAACUAUUUACUACCGUGCCAUCAUGGACAGGUAUCCCGAUAUGGCGAAGUAUCUUGCAGUCAGACUAGCCAGGGCCAACGGAGCUCGUGCUAGAAGAUUGAAAAAAGCAAAAUUGUCAGCUCAGCAGCGGGCUUCCAAUCGGGAUUCCCAACCUGGUGAUUUUUCAACCAAUAUCCAAAGUCCAAAAUCACUGAAAAGCGAUUUUAUGCGUACACAACACGUCUGUGACACUUGUCAGGGAGGUUUUCAGUGGAAGUGGCAGCUUGAAAAUCAUCAGAAGUGUCAUUUUUCGAAUAUUAGUUAUCCUUGUAGGGAGUGCCAUAUGGUCUUCCUAUCUUCGAGUGGCCGUGACAUGCAUCAAAGGGUUGACCAUGGGAUACCUGUUCCUAUGGACUCGACUCUUGCUGCUCAUCAUAUAUUUAUGAGCCAGGCUCCUCUACAUCAGCAUGCUGCAUAUGAUCAUGUGCAAGAUCCUGAUGAUACAGCAGCGAUACCGAUGGAUUGUGAUCUGAUUUCCAAAACAAAAAGAAGAAGGCAGCCCGAUCUGGCUGAUGUCGAGACACGUCCCAACAAGAGGAAUUUUGGAUCUGACUAUUGGACCGGGCUUGUCUCACCUUCACGCCCAUCUUCGUGUUCUUCAAGUAAGAAUAGCUCUCUCCACGGGUACGAUAUAUUUGACCAUCAUGAACAAAACUUUAACCCACCAACCAUUCCAAGAAGGGGGAGCAAGUUCAGCCACCAAAGUCACGGCAACGACCUUUCUACCCCAGAGCCCGCUUCGCCUGCUGUUUUACCUCCCCCACCGGCAGAAUUGAAGAGCAAACAGUCGUUUGAAUGUGAUAUCUGCUCUCAGGAGGUUUUAGUCAGCAGCAAACGGCUAUGGAAUCAUGUUAUGAAGGAUGUCGAGCCGUACAUGUGCCAUGUAGAGCAUUGUGUUUCUGCAGAACAGACAUACUCCAAGCAAAAUGAUUUGCUUCAUCACUAUCUUACUCACUCACAGUAUUCAGACGAUUCAUGCAUCGAAGCGUUGUAUUCUUCCUGGUACGAAUGUACUAUAUGUGAUGGAAAGCUACUGGAUCCGGUAGCAGUCCGAUGCCACCAGGAUUAUAUUCACCCGACAACUCAUUUCUUAAGGACGGCUCACCUGAAUGGGGGGUCCAUGGUGGAGGAGUCUGUAAGCACGGAUAAACCUUCGGUUACACCCAAUGAGAUUAAAUGCGAUCACCUGUUCAAGGCAACCGAGCAUACUGGAUCUAUAAGCGCACAUCCAUGUCCUAUCGCUGGUCAGAUGAGCCCCUGUGGGAAUUCCAGCUCACAGACGAUCGAGACUGUUUGCUUUGAUCCCAGGUAUGUUAAAACUCCUAAGAUAAUCUGUCCAUUCUGUAAAGUAUCUUUGGCGCCUGGCAAACGUGUGCUACUCCGCCAUCUCGGUCGUCACAUGGAGGAGAUUUCGUUCAUUGUCAUACGCAGGCCUUAUCAAGAAUGGGACUUCUACAAGGACAGUGCUUCAGAGAUGACUCUAGAUGACGAUUCAGUCCCUCCUGAGCUGUACCUUUCGUUGCACGAACAUCCAUCAGAUCCUCCAGAAGCAGAUAUGUUGGUAGUGGACACCAGGCUUGUUCCACAGAAACAAGACCUUCGCUUCGAUGGAGACUUGUACACCCCGACCUGGCUUCGCGGACAUCCCGGCAAGGUGGAAGGUUGGUGUGGUCUCUGCAAGCCGGGUUGUUGGCAUAUUCUUCAAGAUGGCAUAUAUUUUCUCCACAAAAAGCGUGUCCAUGGGGUCAGUAGACUUACCGCGUCGCUCUAUUAUAAGCCUAAAUCGAUGCGUUUUGUCAAAAAACAUAGAUCAGGCUUCCAGUUGAUUCAAGAGCACUGGGAGGGUAUGUGUGGAGUAUGUGAUGAAUGGAUUGAAAUCACUGGCGAUAGAACACUGCAGAGAUUACUCUGGUUCGCGCACGCAUCUGAGUGCCACGAUAAAGGAUUUGACGGUCAAACAGGUACGAGCGCAAAUCCUGGGCGGUACACUUGUACUUAUCACGGCUGUGAUCAACGAUUCGAAACGCCAAAAGAGCUCCAGAAGCACAAACAGGAUCAUCGAAUUGCUUACGAUGCAGACAAUGGCCAUCCGAUGGCAAGGGCAGCAUCAAUAAUACCAUACAACCAAGACACGCAGGUGAUAGCGCACAAAUGUGUGCGGAUCAACCCUACGACAGGCAAGAUUUGCAACACUAUUUUCUCAAGGCCGUACGACCUUACACGACACGAGGACACCAUACACAAUGCUAGGAGGCAGAAAUUACGGUGCGAUUUGUGUGCGGAGGAAAGAAUAUUCUCGCGUAGAGAUGCUCUGGCUCGCCAUAUGCGUGUGGUUCACCCUGAAGCUAGCUCGCCUUCCUCAAGACAAACCAAACGAUGAGGCUGUGGGUCUCAAACUUGUAUUAUCGAUAUUACGCUCUUAAUUGACUGUUAUGGAUGUAGAGUCUUCUAAAGGUUUUACAAGAUCGGUCAAGGUCUUUCCGAGAUGCAAGUCCUCAACCGACGGCCGUGUGAAGUGCUUCGAUACAACCCAGUCAUCGAAAUGAUCCUGUCCCUUGGUCAUGAUCAACAUCAUCACACCAAAUUCAUCUAGCUCGUCUUCUUGCCCCGCAAGCAACAUCUGAUCGAAUUCCAAUCUUGCGAUCCAAUAAGGGGCUCGAGAAUGCUUAACGCGGUCCCACUCAAGCGAGCUCUUAGCCUCCCACAGCCAUCUCUGUGCUGUGAAAGUGAGUGUUUUCAUUUUGGGCCCAAGCGUGCAGUAACCGUGGAACAGAUAUGAGUACACACCGGCAAGGUUCAAACUCAUAAUCAAUGUUCUCCUAACCGAUUCCGCGAAGAUCCAAGAGCGCCAUGAAGGCGCUGUGUCCGUGGCAAACGCUCGCUCGGAGAUGGUUUUCACCUCCAACUCGUCAGCCCAAGCUUGAAGGACCCGCUGCGCAUCUUCAGCCUGGGCACGCUGCCGUAUAUCACCAUCGAACAAACGGAUGAAUUGGAAAAUGAUGAGGGCCUGCACUGCGGCAAGCAAAUCAAGUGGAGUCCAUUUAGUUUCGUCAUACGAACGCACAAGCUCAUUAGCCUUAGACUCAAUCACGACGAAUGCAAUGGCCUCGUUCUGCGUCGUCUUGACUGAGUAGAUCGCACAUGCCGCAUACGCAUCUUGCAGUGGUUUGGGCAUCUCCGGAGAGUACAGUCGAGGAUGAAUGAAUGGCGCUUUUCCUUCCUUCACCCAUUUCUCUGGCCAUGUUCUGAAGCUGUGGAGCGCAGCAUUUGUUUGCGAUUGCGAGAGUGUUAGAUGGCUCAUUCCGCUCUCUCCGUCUCUUUCUGUCGUGACCUGCAGAUAGUCCGGUUCGUCACCAAUUACUGAAAGUGGAGCAUCCGCAGGUAUCUGCUGAAUAGAGAAGUCCGCAUCCGCAGAGUCCGUCGUCCUGGAUAGAUCGCUCACAGAACUCUCUUCUGGUUGCAAGCCCACAGCGGCGCCGUCCCAUACAGGCAUCAUAUCAAAUGCAUCUCGUAGCUCCGGUCCAGACGUCUUCGACCUCCCACUGACACUGCUAUUACUGUAGCUGUCGGUCGUGGUCGAUGCGGUGGUGUUACUCCCCAAUCCUCCCGUCGACGCCGCCGCCGCCAACUGCGGUUGCAGCUCGCCACUCCACGACCAGGAAUCGUUGCUGUGAUGUCGUUGGGCGCUCGCGCCGCGUUGGUGACAUUGUUGGGAUAGUGGCAGGGCGUGUUUUUCUUCGCGCAGCGUGUGCAGCGGGGAAGCUGCUGACCGCAUUUUCGCUUUGCUUUUACGCAAGGGGUGCAGGACUUUUGCUUUGUUGUAGUUGUGAGGGUGGGGUUUUGGGGUGUUUCCAUGUCGUCUUGUUCCGUGUCGUUUUCUUCUCUCAACUUUCCCUUGCGGUGAUUAAUGAUGAUGGAGAAACGUUUUGCAGCCCAACUCUUCUUUUUCUUGC